CUUUGACCUUGGUCAAGGUCACUUGACUUUGAGGAUUUCGCCAAACUUUCCCCAGAAUUCCCCAAAUUUCCCCAAACAUUGGUGAAAGUUAUUUGACUUCAGAAGUUUCCUCAAAAUACCCCAAACUUGGGAGCUCGGGAUGUAUCAUCAAUCAAAAGUGAUGUAGCGGUAAAUAAAUCCCCAAAAUAAAUAGCUCUGUAAGUUUUCGACAUUGGAUGCUGACCGCAUUAGUUUUAAUGGACUCACAUAGCUGAAGGUGCUCGGUCAUGCAUUCGCACCAGAUCACGAGUGGGAACGCCGUGCUUAACAUCUACUGCAAUCGCUAGCCAGAUUAGAUCAGACGAUUCUCGAUAUAUUGAUAGUCAUCAAAUAUAUCUUCCAAUCUCCUCGAUUCUGUCUUUUGAUUUCUCUUGGUGGGUACGAGUUAUAUUAGAAGUUGUUACUGAUUAAAGCGUUGUCAAUCACUGAAUACCUGUGCCAUCUUCAGUGAAAUGUCUGACGAUAGAAGGUUAAGAAUGUCUAAAGAAGGAGAACGAGAACAAAGAAUGAUUGAUAUGAAAACGAAGGAAUAAUGAAGUUUGAGAUGAUUGAUUGACAUUUUGCAAAUGAUAUAUUUACUUUAUGGUUAUCAUAUUUUACUAAGCGAUCCUAUAAUUGUGCAUUCAAGUACAUUUGAUUGUCCCCGUGUGUGAUCUCGUUCAUUACAGUAGUAGUAGCAGCACUCAUAAUACUAAUGGUAUGGUGUAUGCUACUGAUAUUGACAGAUAUAAGAAGUAUGUAUCAUUAAUCGAAAGUGAAAUGUCUGGUGGUAGAACGUUGAGAAAAUCGAAGAGGAGAGAACCAAAAGAAAUAAAACGAGACAAUUCACUGAUAAAUAAUAAUUCGGAUGAAAUAACAUGGAUUGGUACUGCAGUGUUACCAUAUUGCCAUGGUACAACAGAAGAACUUCAAAAAAUCUUAAAACAACACAGAAUUAAGGUAUAUUACAAAACAACGAACACAUUUCGAAAUACUUUCGUUUACUUACAAGAAAAACUCUCCUUUAUGUCAACAGUGAACUGUGUCUUCAAAUUACGAUGAGUUGAUUAUGAUGGCUUCUAUACUGGAGAGUCAUUUCGUGAAAUCUUGACUCGAGCUAAUGAACAUCUUAGGUACACAAAGUAAUCACCUAAUAAUCCUGUAGAACUGGAUAGACUUCAGAGAUGUCAGCAAUAGCAGUUCACGACAUUUUCAACAACCACCAAAUCAAUAUCAAAAACAUCAAAAUAUUACCAAAACGCUUUUCGAACUACAAAGAAAUGAGAGUAGCUGAAGCAUUCCAUAUAAUGUUUAAUCCUACCGCUCUCAAUAGAAAAGAAGGCCUCACUAUCCAUCCUUCUUGGACUAUCUAUCCUAGCCACCUAGUCUGAUGUUAUUCACAUUUCACACAAUUAUCUUACAUACAAAUUAAACUCUAUCUUUUCUAGCCAUAAAGGUCACACAUGUUUUUCAUCCCUGACUCUGCACACAUACACACAAAUUAACAUACAUGUCGCUAAUAAAUCAUCAUGACCGAAAUGACAUGACAUUGAUUCAUUCAGACCUGAUUUUUUUAAUGGUCGCAUAUUAUAUUCUCGCGUUGUUCCCUAGUACUAUUUCAACGUGGAUUAAUUUUGAUUUGAUCAUUUAUUCUCUGAAGAAGUGUCUUAAACUGGGUGACGAAACGUCAGAAGAUCUAAUUUUUCUACUCAUUUGGAUAUUACAAAUAUAAUAAUUUAUUUAUGAUCUUAUACACAUCGAUAAAACGUCCCAUUCGACGCUUCAAUAACUGAAAGAUAGUUUUGGAAACUAAAAAAGAAUGUCCACGUUCUGAGUGAAUAUUAGACGGAUGAAUAAUUGUAUAAUCUCAGAUUGCAGACUCUACAAAUCAAAUUUAAGGUUAAUCUCACUCAAAUAAUGACUUAUCCUUGUGAUUGCUUUACGACUCAGGUGUAAACGACAUAAAAUGUGAUACGAGAUCGGAUGUACUUCCGUGAUUGCAGUAGCAAUCUCUAGUGAGUCAUCCGUGACAGUACCAACAAACACUCGAUUGUCAGUUGAGCGCCUGAAGAAUGACAGAAAUCAUAACAGCACAACCGAAGUUUCACGACUUAUAAAGGAUAAGUAAACAGAUAUUGCCAUUGAAUUCAUGUCCAAAUACAAAAUCUGAUACAAAGCCAAGUUUUCGUUAUUCGUUUUGCAGGUCCCGUCAAAACUUACAGGAUCCAGGAAACGACCUAUUGAAUUUAUAUAAUCGGUAGUUGAGGAGGAAAAAUACUGAGGAUCAUUUUUUCUUCGACCUAAAACACACAAAACUCACCAAGUGAUGCGAUGUGAGAUAUAAGUUUGGUAUAAUCAACUACCACUCACAACAUUAAUAGGCACAUUGAUUACCUUGGAGAUUGGCCUGAGAAAAUAAUUUAUGACUCAUGUUAAAAAAAUCUUUCAGUCUCAGGCAUUUUACGUAAGAUUGGCACACAAAGUGCGAAAUAUUGAAAGCCCCUGUCCUCGAAAUCAGAAGCGUUUGGACGGUUUCGAACUCUACGUCAGUUAAUCUGCACAUCCAUGAAUUAUUAUCGUACCUCAGACAAUUACAUCCAUGUUUAUGGUGCACAUUCACCCAAAUAACAAUCCAGUAAUAUUCAGUAAACUUAAAAUAGAUGAAAGCCGGAUAUUGGGUGUUUAUAAUAGCCCUUCGGGAGAAAGAUAAAAACACUGGUCAACCCUCUUCGUCUAAUAGACUGUGCGGAUCCACUGGGUGUUCUACCACCAUUUCUCCAACAUAUAAAUUUUAUGUAUGGCUUCUGAUUCUUAUAGAAAUAAGAAUCAUGAACCGCAUAAGCACAGUAUGUUCCCUUUUCAUAAUCUCUGAUAGCACUCUCUAACGCGCUUAGGAACAUGUUAUCGAUGUCCAUGACAGGGUUCGAAACAAUGCAGCUAGUAAUUUGUAAGUUGUUUACGUUCAUAGAUUGGAGGAAAAGAGAUCACUGGAGAAAUAUACUACCUUCCAGAAAAUAAGGACUGGUAAAAACCUUUGUAACUUUGAUCAUUUUUAUUAGACAAAACGGUACAAAAAAAUGUUGAUUAAAAAAUACAAAAAUUACCUUGCUUUCAAUGAUGCUCAAUGAAUCUUGACUGACAUACCUAUCCACAUACAAAAAUGGUCGAGAUUAGCUUAACUACUGAAUAUACCAUUAAGUACUGUAAUUUUAAAUACAAAAAGAUAAGACGGGAGAUAAAUGAAAUUAAUAUCAAAAGACGGUUUUGUGGAGAUUUUAGUAAUAUAAUAAUUGAAUUCAUGAGUCAGUUAAAGCUGAACCACCAUGGAAACCUGAAAGCACUGGACGGCCUCUUCUUCCUAGUAUAGGAAUCCUCAGCAGUGCGCAUCCACGAUCUCGCCCACAGGAUUAUGACCCACUACCUAGUGGUCUCACGCGCCAUGCAAUGUUUCCAGAAUCAGAAUUCCGAAAACAAAAUAAUCGUUUGAAAAAUUUGGUUCACACAAUAGAAGAUGACACUGGUUGAGACAUAAGUUACUCCGGAAUCAUGGAACACAACAGUCAUUAUUAUAUAUAGAUAACAUAUUGCGUAUAUUCAUACGAAACACAAAAUACCGAGGGAUUCAUAAACAUUCUGAGUCGACGAAAUAAAAUGCCCAAACUGUGACGGAAUGUACAUGGGACAAAUGUCUCGAGAUACUAAGGUUAGAACAAAUGAACAUCUUAGAGCAUCCAUUUGACCACUGAGAAAUCCAAAAGACAUUAACACCGUUGGAUGUCGACUCAGAGUUCUAGAGGUUAAGAAUUCGCGUGUGAGAUCAAUAGGUCCUAGGUUCGAAUCCUACAGGCGGGAUUACAGAUGAGCACUGCCAAGAAGUCUCAUACUAAGAAGAAAGAGCCGUUCGGUGCUUCCAGGUUUUCCAUGAUGGUCUAGCUUUAAUUGACUAGUGAAUGCAACUAUUACAUAUUUUAAAAAAUCUUUUAAAAAUCUCCGACCACAUGUUCACACAUAACAUCAGGCCAAAAAAUUAAACUUUGAUAACACUCAAAUCAUUCAGGGAAGUUUAAAAAUCGAAAAGAUUUCUCAUAGAAGCAAAUAACUCAUAUAAAAUUGCAUUCACACUAUUUGAUCAGGAAUGUAGGGUUAAGAAAAUAUUCUGACUUCUAACUUCUAACACCGUCCCUCUUCAUCAUACCAAC